AUGGAACCACAAAAAGGAGGAAACAAUAGAUCAGCAAAAGAAUCCAAUUCUACUUCUUCAGAAGAUGAAUCUAUAGAUCCAGAACAAAGUAGUUCAUCAGCAAUGGAUUACAAACUUGCACAUCGUUUACGUAAACUUCCUCCUUUGCCUUCUCUUGAACCACCGACGAUGGACGCUUCAGAGGCAGUGAGCAAUAUCUUAUACAACACUCCCGCACCAUCUAAAGAACCAAUCAAACGUCAUAUCUUGAACACUUUGGUACAAAACGAACCUGGUGUAUUAUCACGUAUUUCUGGUACUUUGGCAGCAAGAGGCUUCAAUAUCGAUAGUUUGGUCGUUUGUGCAACCGAAAUUCGUGAUCUUUCAAGAAUGUGCAUCGUUUUACGUGGUCAAGAUGGUGUUGUUGAACAAGCUCGCCGUCAAUUGGAAGAUUUGGUUCCUGUUUGGGCUGUUUUGGAUUACACACAAACUCAAGUGAUCGAAAGAGAAUUGAUGUUGGUUAAAGUCUCGAUUCUUGGACCGGAAUAUUUCGAAGAAAGUCAAUAUGGUUUAGGCGGUCAACAUGCAGCUCCAAGCAGUGAUCCACAAACGGAUGCUGCUUAUGCCGUUGGCACUCAAGCAACUGCCCAUCAACAACCACCACCUCUAACACCUACUGAGGCUUUACGUGUGAAAUCCGACAAUAUGCGAACGAUCAUUCAACUUGCCCAACAAUUCCAAGGUCGUGUUGUAGAUGUGAGCACAGCAAGUUUGAUUGUUGAAAUUAGUGCAAAGAGUAGCAGAUGCGAUGCAUUUUUGAAACUCGUUCGUCCGUUUGGCGUUUUGGAAUGUGCAAGAAGUGGAACAAUGGUCUUGCCAAGAUCUCCAAUCACUUCUUCUUGGACCGGUAACGAAUUCAUGGAAGAAGAAAUGGACGCAGUUGAUGCAGGCUUGCUACCGCCAGGAUAA